CUGGGGAGCCGGCGGCGGUGGUGGCGGCGGCUGCGGCGGCGGGUGGCCGGCCAAGCGUGUGCCGGGUGGGAGAAGACGGGCGGCGGCGAUGCUGCCGCCUCCCUAAGGAGCCCCGAGGAGGUUGCUGCGCUUGAAGCCCCAGAAAGCGCGGAAGAGCUGCGAGCUGGGUCGGUGGCUUCGGGCGCCUGCCCGGCCAUGGUGGCCGCGGGCGGUGGUUGGCGCGGCGGCGCUGCGGCCCGGGGCCGUUCGGGGCCGGGACAGUCGUGGCGCUGACGCCCGAGGGGCCCAGCCACAGAUAUGAAGCGGAGCCGCUGCCGCGACCGACCGCAGCCGCCACCACCGGCCGCCUGCAGGGAGGAUGGGGCUCAGCGGGCGGCGGAGCUGCCCCAACCCCAGCCCUUGCCGUCGCGCCGGCGAGCGCCUCCUGGGAGGCAGCUACUGGAGGAGCGGACCGGGCCCUCGGGCCCCGAGGUGAAGGAGCAGGAAAAAACUGGACUUAGUCCCCUGCUUUUCAGGAAGCUCAGUAAUCCUGACCUGUUUUCAUCCACUGGAAAAGCUAAACUUCAACGACAACUUAGUCAGGAUGACUGUAAGUUACGGAGAGGAAGCCUGGCCAGUUCUCUGUCAGGUAAGCAGCUGCUCCCCUUGUCCAGCAGUGUACAUAGCAGUGUGGGACAGGUGACUUGGCAGUCUUCAGGAGAAGCAUCAAACCUGGUUCGAAUGAGGAACCAGUCUCUUGGACAAUCUGCACCUUCUCUUACUGCCAGCUUGAAGGAGUUGAGCCUUCCAAGAAGAGGCAGCUUAAUCUCUACUCUUUGCCGAGGAUCUGAAGUAAACCAGCACAUGUUUUCACCCACAUCGGCUCCAGCUUUUUACUUCACUAAAAUCCCAUUUAGUGCUGAUUGUGCUUUGGCUACUUCUCCUCUUGCCUUUUUCCUGAACCCACAAGUUCACAGCAGUCCUGGCAGUCCCUGUUCCAGCCGCCCACUGCUGUGGAGUUGUCGGACAAGUAACCGUAAGAGUUUGAUUGUGACCUCUAGCACAUCACCUACACUACCACGGCCACACUCACCACUCCAUGGCCACACAGGUAACAGUCCUUUGGAUAGUCCCCGGAAUUUCUCUCCAAAUGCACCUGCUCACUUUUCCUUUGUUCCUGCCCGUAGGACUGAUGGACGGCGCUGGUCUUUGGCCUCUUUGCCCUCUUCAGGCUAUGGAACCAACACUCCUAGCUCUACUGUCUCAUCAUCAUGUUCCUCACAGGAAAAGCUUCACCAGUUGCCCUUCCAGCCUACAGCUGAUGAGCUGCACUUUUUGACGAAACAUUUCAGCACAGAGAGUGUACCAGAUGAGGAGGGACGGCAGUCCCCAGCCAUGCGGCCCCGUUCUCGCAGCCUCAGUCCUGGACGGUCCCCAGUUUCCUUUGACAGUGAAAUAAUAAUGAUGAAUCAUGUGUACAAAGAAAGAUUUCCCAAGGCCACCGCACAAAUGGAAGAGCGUCUUGCAGAAUUCAUUUCCUCCAACACUCCAGACAGUGUGUUGCCCUUGGCAGAUGGAACCUUGAGCUUUAUUCAUCAUCAGGUGAUUGAGAUGGCCCGAGACUGCCUGGAUAAAUCUCGGAGUCGUCUCAUUACAUCACACUACUUCUAUGAGCUUCAAGAGAAUUUAGAGAAACUUCUGCAAGAUGCUCAUGAGCGCUCAGAGAGUUCAGAAGUGGCUUUUGUGAUGCAGUUGGUGAAGAAGCUGAUGAUUGUCAUUGCCCGCCCAGCUCGGCUCUUGGAAUGCCUGGAGUUUGACCCUGAAGAGUUCUACCACCUGUUAGAAGCAGCCGAGGGCCAUGCCAAAGAGGGACAAGGGAUUAAAUGUGACAUUCCCCGCUACAUCGUUAGUCAACUGGGCCUCACACGGGAUCCCCUAGAGGAAAUGGCCCAGUUGAGCAGCUAUGACAGUCCUGACACUCCAGAGACAGAUGAUUCAGUUGAGGGCCGUGGGGCAUCUCUGACUAAAAAGACACCCUCUGAAGAGGACUUUGAGACCAUUAAGCUCAUCAGCAAUGGCGCCUAUGGGGCUGUAUUCCUGGUGCGGCAUAAGUCCACUCGGCAGCGCUUUGCCAUGAAGAAGGUCAACAAGCAGAACUUGAUCCUACGGAACCAGAUCCAGCAGGCCUUUGUGGAGCGUGACAUACUGACUUUUGCCGAGAACCCCUUUGUCGUCAGCAUGUUCUGCUCCUUUGAGACCAAGCGCCACCUGUGCAUGGUGAUGGAGUAUGUGGAAGGAGGAGAUUGUGCUACUCUGCUGAAGAACAUCGGGGCCCUGCCUGUGGACAUGGUGCGUCUGUACUUCGCAGAAACCGUGCUAGCCCUGGAGUACUUACACAACUAUGGCAUCGUGCACCGUGACCUCAAGCCUGACAACCUCCUGAUUACAUCCAUGGGGCACAUCAAGCUUACUGACUUUGGCCUUUCUAAAAUUGGCCUCAUGAGCCUGACAACAAACUUGUAUGAGGGCCACAUUGAAAAGGAUGCCCGGGAGUUCCUGGACAAGCAGGUAUGCGGGACCCCGGAGUACAUUGCGCCUGAGGUGAUCCUGCGUCAGGGCUAUGGGAAGCCAGUGGACUGGUGGGCCAUGGGCAUAAUCCUGUAUGAGUUCCUGGUGGGUUGCGUCCCUUUCUUUGGAGAUACUCCGGAGGAGCUCUUUGGGCAAGUGAUCAGUGAUGAGAUUGUGUGGCCUGAGGGGGAGGAUGCACUGCCGCCAGAUGCCCAGGACCUCACCUCUAAACUGCUCCACCAGAACCCUCUGGAGAGAUUGGGUGCAGGCAGUGCUUCUGAGGUGAAGCAGCAUCCGUUCUUUACUGGUCUGGACUGGACAGGACUUCUUCGCCAGAAGGCUGAAUUUAUUCCUCAACUGGAGUCAGAGGAUGAUACCAGCUACUUUGACACCCGCUCCGAGCGCUACCACCACGUGGACUCAGAGGAUGAGGAAGAAGUGAGUGAGGAUGGCUGCCUGGAGAUCCGCCAGUUCUCAUCGUGCUCUCCAAGGUUCAGCAAGGUGUACAGUAGCAUGGAGCGGCUGUCCCUGCUUGAGGAGCGCCGGGCACCACCCCCCACCAAGCGCAGCCUGAGUGAGGAGAAGGACGACUGCUCUGAUGGCCUGGCAGGGCUGAAGGGCCGAGACCGGAGCUGGGUGAUUGGCUCCCCUGAGAUAUUGCGGAAGAGGCUGUCAGUGUCAGAGUCAUCCCACACGGAGAGCGACUCAAGCCCUCCACUGACAGUGCGACGCCGCUGCUCAGGUCUCCUGGAUGCUCCUCACUUCCCUGAGGGCCCUGAGGAGGCUAGCAGCACCCCCAGGAGGCAGCAGCUGGAGGGUACAUGGCUUCUGACACCCCCAUCUGGAGAAGGGGUAUCUGGGCCUGUCCCUGAACGGCCAGUAGAGCGGCGACUGAAGCUAGAUGAGGAGCCUGUUGGCCAGAGCUGCAGCUCCAGUCCAGCUCUGGAGACUCGAGGAGGCCGUGGGACCCCACAGCUGACUGAGGGAGCCACAGCCAAGGCCAUCAGUGACCUGGCGGUACGCAGGGCCCGCCACCGACUGCUCUCCGGGGACUCAGCAGAAAAGCGCACCACUCGCCCCAUCAACAAAGUGAUCAAGUCCGCCUCAGCCACAACCCUGUCCCUCCUCAUUCCUACAGAACACACCUGCUCUCCAUUGGCCAGCCCCAUGUCCCCACAUUCCCAGUCAUCCAACCCGUCAUCCAGGGACUCUUCUCCAAGCAGGGACUUUUUGCCAGCCCUCAGCAGCUCGAGGCCCCCCAUCAUCAUCCACCGAGCUGGCAAGAAGUAUGGCUUCACCUUGCGGGCCAUCCGUGUCUACAUGGGUGACUCAGACGUCUACACUGUGCACCACAUGGUGUGGCACGUGGAGGAUGGAGGUCCAGCCAGUGAGGCAGGGCUUCGUCAGGGUGACCUCAUCACUCAUGUCAACGGGGAGCCUGUGCAUGGACUGGUGCACACAGAAGUGGUGGAGCUGAUUCUGAAGAGUGGAAACAAGGUGUCUAUUUCAACAACGCCCUUGGAGAACACAUCCAUUAAAGUGGGGCCAGCUCGGAAGGGCAGCUACAAGGCCAAGAUGGCCCGAAGGAGUAAGCGGAGCCGGGGCAAAGAUGGGCAAGAAAGCAAAAAAAGGAGCUCCCUGUUCCGGAAGAUCACCAAGCAGGCAUCCCUGUUGCACACCAGCCGUAGCCUUUCCUCCCUUAACCGCUCCUUAUCAUCAGGGGAGAGCGGGCCAGGCUCUCCUACACACAGCCACAGCCUUUCCCCCCGAUCUCCCACUCAGGGCUACCGGGUGACCCCUGAUGCUCUGCAUUCAGUGGGAGGAAAUUCAUCACAGAGCAGCUCCCCCAGCUCCAGCGUGCCCAGUUCUCCAGCCGGCUCUGGGCACACACGACCCAGCUCCCUGCACGGCCUGGCACCCAAGCUCCAGCGCCAGUACCGCUCUCCGCGGCGCAAGUCGGCCGGCAGCAUCCCUCUGUCACCACUGGCCCAUACCCCUUCCCCACCGCCAGCAGCUUCACCCCAGCGCUCCCCAUCGCCCCUGUCUGGACAUGGAGCCCAGGCCUUCCCCACCAAGCUUCAUUUGUCGCCUCCUCUGGGCAGGCAGCUCUCACGACCCAAGAGUGCAGAGCCGCCCCGCUCACCACUACUUAAGAGGGUACAGUCAGCUGAGAAACUGGCAGCUGCGCUUGCUGCUUCCGAGAAGAAGCUAGCCACUUCUCGGAAGCAUAGCCUUGACCUGCCCCACCCUGAGCUAAAGAAGGAACUGCCGCCCAGGGAAGUCAGCCCUCUAGAGGUGGUUGGGACCAGGAGUGUGCUGUCUGGGAAAGGGUCACUGCCAGGGAAGGGGGUGCUGCAGCCUUCUCCCUCAUGGGCCCUAGGCGCUCUCCGACAGGACCGGGCUGAACGGCGAGAGUCGCUGCAGAAGCAGGAAGCCAUCCGUGAGGUUGACUCUUCAGAGGAUGACGCCGAGGAGGGGCCGGAGAACAGCCAAGGUGUACAGGAACCGAGCUUGGCACCAAGCCCAGAAGUGGGCCGGGACCCACCCCUCAGAGGAGCAGGAGAGGGUGAGGAAGAGGAUGCCUUCUUGUCUAGGGACCCCAAGAGCCAGGGCUCAGCGGCCCCAGGCCUGUUGACAGAGAUCACACUGAAGGAUCCCGGAAUGGAAGGCCCUAGUGUCCCCCAGAGGAGGCUUGGGAUCCCACAAGCCUUUGAGGAGGCUGCUAGCUCCUCAUCACCGGCCCCCAGCCUAGAUAAGGCUGGACCCACAGACCCUAUCCCUCCUGAAGGCUGCUGGAAGGCCCAGCACUUCCAUACCCAGGCACUAACAGCACUUUGUCCUAGCUCUUCAGGACUUCUCCCUACCAGUCCCUCUGCUGUCACCUCGACCUCUGGAGAGCCAGGCCCAUGGGCCUGGAAAUUUCUUAUUGAGGGUCCAGACAGGGCAUCCCCAAGCAGAAAGGCAACAAUGGAAGGUGGGAUGGCCAGCUCCCAGGAUUUGGAAACCAUAACUCCAGUCCAUUCAGAGAACCUGUCUCCCAGACAGGAGGUGAAGUCAUGGCCACCUGGUGCCCCUGGGCUGGUCCAUCCACCUUGUGAGUUUCCCCGCCAAAGCUGGCUGUGGAAGCCCGAAUGUGCACAAAUAGAGAAAGAGGAGCCAGCCCUGGGCAUCACCAAAGUGCCUGAUGCCUCAGGUGAUAGGAAGCAGAACAUUCCACGCAGAAGCUGCCCUCUCACCCAGGAGCCUGGGCCCAGCCUGCUCCGGAGAGGCCGAGACCCAGCAGGCCCUCAAAAGCAUCAGGACUUGGCAUUGGUGCCUGAUGAGCUUUUAAAGCAAACAUAACAGUCGUUUGCCAUUUCUUGCACUCAGAUCUGUGUAAUACAUGCUCUUGGAAACCA